CUAUAUAAACAAAGUUGAGAUAAGCCUCAAUGUAGUCCCUGAAGUUACACUCGAGCCUCAUAGUAGUCCCUGAACUUAAAAGUUCCUCAGAGUCAUCCCCGAACUUGCACUUCGGGACUCAAAGUGGUCCUUCCGGCAAUUUCAGCACACGUGGCGCAACCAAAAAGCUUAGCUGGCAGCGUUGGUGACACGUGGGACUCACAACGGCUAGCUGAUGUGGCAGAGUAAACUCUUCCGACUCAAUUUGGUCCCUCAGGUGAAGUUAAAAACCUAAUCCCCUUUUUUGAAGGCCACAUUGUUCACUCUGCUGUCUCCUCAUCGGUGCUGUGUUCUUCUGUUCUCCCUCUCUGAAGCCCGAAGGUUAUGGCUAGCACGAGCAAUGCAGCUGGGAGCUCGAACAAUCCACGAUCGUUUGGAAGCAUCAUGAGGAGAAUGAACAGAAACAGAGAAGCUCGUUUGCCAAAAAUGAAAAAAAAAUCAUGGGAAGCCUGGUUUCUCUGAAAGAGGGCCUUAUAAAUGCAGUUAAGGAGGUUUUUCCAGAUGUCCAUCACAGAUUCUGUGUUUGGCAUCUGUGGAAGAACUUCAAUAAGCAAUGGAAGGAUCUCCAGCUUAGAGGGCUACUUUGGGAUUGUGCAAGGUGUACUAGCCAAGAUGGCUUCCUUGAUAUCAUCAAAAAGAUUGAAAGGGUUAAUAAGGAAGCCUGGGAGUAUUUGAACAAGUGGCCCUAUGCAAGGUGCAACACAGGGAACUGCUACAAGACUUGCAAAUUUCAUGAAUUCAGGCAACCUAGGAACGGUCUCCCUAGAUUAGAAUCUGUCCCUGACCACCGCAGCACCGGUCUCGACCCGCAGGCACACCAUUCUGGCAAACGAGCUUCUUUGUUUCUAUUCAUUCUCCUCAUGAUGCUUCCAAACGAUCGUGGGUUGUUCGAGUUCCCAGCUGCAUUGCUCGUGCUAGCCAUAACCUUCGGGCUUCAGAGAGGGAGAACAGAAGAACACAGCACCGAUGAGGAGACAGCAGAGUGA